AUGAGGCGUGAAGUUUUCCUUCGCCUACUAGACGAUGUCCAGUCAGCUAACCCUUACUUCAGGCAAAAACGUGACAACAAAGAGCAGGUCAGCUUUUCGCCUCAUGUGAAAUUGACUUGCGCACUCCGAAUGAUGGCUUACGGACAAGUGGCCGACUCUCUUGAUGAAAACUUCAUGAUGGCUGAAUCUACUGCUAUAGAAAACUUCGGUGAAUUUUGUCGUACGAUCGUCACCAUCUACCAGCAACGAUAUCUUCGAGCACCAAACAUAGAGGAUCUGGAACAGCUCUUACAGCGAGCCGAACGACUAGGCUUUCUUGGAAUGAUAGGUUCGCUCGACUGCAUGCAUUGGCAAUGGAAGAACUGUCCAACUGGAUGGCAAGGAAGCUUUAGUGGAAAAUCAAGAAAACCAACCAUUGUUCUCGAAGCCCUGGCGGAUUUUGAUACAUGGAUCUGA